AUGUUCAACAGGCUUUCAAGAAAUAUCACGGCUACUGCGAUCCGCCGUGUGCUUUUCAAGCAGCCCUUCAAGGGAUCUGCGUUGCGCUUUAAUGCUACAACAACGAAAACUACUGAAAAACCAUCUCUGAAGAGCCUGAUGCAAACCUAUGGGUAUUCAGCUUUGGCAGUAUAUUUAGGGCUUUCAGCAAUCGAUUUCCCCAUCUGUUUUCUUGCAGUUCACUCUUUGGGAGAGGAAACCAUAAAAGUGUACAUCAAUAAGGCGAAACAAGUCGUUGGAUAUGGUAGGGACGAGCAGGAAUUGAUUCAAAAUAUCCGGGCACAAAUCGCUGAAAAGGAGCGUAGAAAACAAACGGGUGAAACAGGGCAAAUGACAAUGUGGGAAAGAACGAAAGAAAGCACCCUUUUGACAGAAGCUCUGAUUGCAUAUGGGAUACACAAAAGUUUGAUUGUGCUCAGGCUACCUGUCACGGCAGCCAUUACGCCUGCUACGGUCAAGCUCUUAGGGAAAUGGGGAUUCAACCUUAACAAAUUCAAUAAAAACUUCAAAACAGCGGGGGAAAGUGCUAAGCUUAAGUACAAGACGGGCGAUCCAAACGACUUUGUAAGCAAAAACGUAUCGAAACAGGCUCAGAACAAGGGCAGAAAAUGGUUCGAAGGCAUGAUGUGA